AACUCACCAACCGUUGUUCAGUAAGAUCAUUCCAGAUCGUUCCCACUUAAAGCCUAAACACGAGUUCAACUGAGUGCAGCUCUGUCUGCGUAUACGGAUAACCAAGUUCAAGGUCUCCACUGUUUAACCUUUUACCACGUCAAUUUCACUUCGCCGGGUUAAACAAAGUUGUUGUCAAAUUAGGCGUGCUAGACAGAACUCCUUUGCAUAACGAUAAUGAAUCCUCUUUUGUACAGGCCACCACCCAAUCCACAUUUCCCAAUGAUGCCAUAUUUACCUGGCCCUUUACCACAGAGGCGUGAUAUUCAGGAAGAGGAAGAUUUAGCCAGUGUCGCUUUGCAAGUCCAGAAAAAACGAUUUUAUGUCGAUGUUAAGAAGAAUAGGAGAGGGAUAUUCAUGAAAAUCGCUGAGGUCAGUUCCGACGGUCGAAAAGCCAGGAUUCUUCUGACCCUGCAAGCUGCAGUAGAAAUAAAAGACAAACUUAAGGAUCUCAUUGAUGUCCUCGAAGAAAUUAAGUCAAGUGAGGAGACCUCAGGUGCUCAAAACUCAGAGGAAAAUAAAACGACGGAUUUACAGCCCUCAAACAGCCUCAUUAAGUCCCAUAUAGUCAACUAUCCGUAUAGACGUUACUUCCUUGACCUUAAACGCAACAAAAGGGGUCAUUUUCUCCGCUUAACUAUGCUGUCAACCCUGAACAGAAUACAACUCGCUAUUCCUUCACAGGGCAUGUUAGAUUUGUAUAAUGCUAUCAAUGAUAUGCUAGAAAAAUGGUGGGAUGGUUCAGAAGCAAAUGAUACUAAAUCUGUAAAUUUACCGGAGUCAAAGUCCCUAAGGUUUGACAAUCGUACUCUAUACUUUGACUCCUCGUUCAAUCGGUUUGGAACUUACCUUCGUAUUUCAGAAGUCCGGACAGCAUCCAGAACUGCAAUCACAAUUCCCGGCCGUUCACUUUCACGCUUCAGAGAUAUCAUCAAUGGACUAGCAGAAGACUUGUCAAACGUUAAGGUCACCAAAAAUGCUGAAGAUCAACCACCAAGUAACGAAGUUCCCAAUACUCCUGAAAAUUCUGAAACAAGUGAACCCCUUGUAAAUGGCGAAGCUUCGUGAGUUUCGCAAAAGCAAACCUCAUCUCUUGUAUUUGACUUCGAUGCCUUCAAUGAGUAAAUGCACAAUUAUUAUAAAUAUCUUCUCUGGUCCA